UUCCUCAUUCUCAUCCCUUCCCGUCCAUUCCAUUCCCAAUCCCACCGCACAGCCCCAUCCCCAUCUCGCAACCUGCUUCGCUCCGGCCACAGGCCACAGCACAAAGCCCCCGCGCAAGCCAAACUCCCCAAAUCGGAGGCAGUCCUUCCUCCUGCUAAUCUCGGGCUCGAGGCAAGGGGGAACGCGGGUUCCGGAGUCGCACGCACGCGAUCGCGAUUGGAGUGACCCCCCCUCGGCCCGAUCGCGUGUGGAUUUUGGCGAUUCGUGAGCGAUUGGAGUCGGGGCGGAGGAGGCGAUGGGGCGGCUCUUCCUGAUGCACCUCGACGGGAACGUCUACAGCUGCAAGCACUGCGACACCCACCUCGGCCUCGCUUCGGACAUCAUCUCCAAGGCCUUCCAUUCCAAGCACGGGAAGGCUUAUCUCUUCAACAAGGUCGUCAAUGUUACAACUGGAGUAAAAGAGGAUCGCGUGAUGAUGACAGGACUGCAUACGGUUUCUGAUAUCUUCUGUGUUGGUUGUGGAUCCAUUGUUGGAUGGAAAUAUGAGGCUGCACAUGAGAAGAGCCAGAGGUACAAGGAAGGAAAAUUCAUUUUGGAGAGGUUUAAGGUGUCAGGCCCUGAUGGGAGUCACUACUGGGUUACACAUGAUGCUCAUGUGGGCGGAAGCGAUGCUGAUGACUUAUGAAGCACAGCUCGACAUCCUAGGCUUGCUGAUCCCCUGUAGAUAACCUGGGUGUUUGGUCUUAGUUACCCGGGGAUUUGCUUCCAUUCAAAAGCACCCCCGGCGUAAAUUGUUAUUCUAGGUGGCUUAAUACCCCCUGCAAGGUAGGGCGAUACCGUAUGUCCGCAUGUAUAUGGAUGUAUCCUGUAGGCACUAAAUGCUUCUGUCUUCGAAUGCCAAACUCUAGUGACUGAAUAAAGUCCUGUUUCUGAAGUAA